AUGUCGGCCCUAGACGAUCUUCAGGGCGGCCAGGACAACCGCGGCGAGGCGCGCGGUGACGAGUCCGGCAGUUCGAUAUCUGGUAUGGUGUCGACGCUGGCCGUCUGUCUUCCCCUGGCCACCGCCUACCUUGUCAUCUUUUUGAUUCUUCGUAAAAGCCAACGAAGAUACUACGCACCAAGAACUUAUCUUGGCAGUUUGCGUGAAAACGAGCGAACGCCAGGCCUUCCCAACGGCUUCCUCAACUGGUUCGGCGAGUUUUGGAAGAUCCCCGAUGUCUAUGCUCUUAAGCACCAGUCGCUCGAUUCUUACCUGUUCCUUCGAUUCUUGCGACUUUGCGCCUCCAUUUGUCUUGUUGGUCUCAUCAUCACGUGGCCUAUCCUGUUCCCCAUCAACGCCACAGGUGGUGGCUCUGCGAACCAGCUCGACAUCCUCACAUACGGCAAUAUCGAUGUGACCCGCCCUGAAGGCCUCAACCGCCUCUACGCUCACGCUUUCCUCGGCUGGAUCUUCUAUGGCUUCAUUAUGUAUCUGAUUAUGCGCGAGUGCAUCUUCUACAUUAACUUGCGCCAGGCCUUCCUCCUUUCCCCUACAUACGCCAAGCGUAUCUCCUCGCGGACCGUUCUCUUCACCUCCGUUCCCGACGAGUAUCUCGAUGAAGCCAGAUUCAAGAAGCUCUUCAGCGAUUCUGUCAAGAGAGUUUGGAUCACAGGAGACACCGAGAAGUUGGAUGAGUUGGUUGAGGAGCGUGACAAGGUUGCCAUGAAGCUGGAGAAGGCCCAGGUCAAACUGAUCAAGCUCGCCAAUGCCGCCCGUCUCAAGGCCAUCAAGAAUGGUGCCUCGGCUGAGAAGACUCCCCCCGCUCAGGAUCCUGAGUCUGGCGACGUGGCCGCCCGUUGGAUUCCUCAGAAGCAGCGCCCGACCCACCGACUUGGCCUGUUGGGCUUGGUUGGCAAGAAGGUUGACACCAUCGAGUGGUGCCGAUCCGAGCUGCAGCGCCUUGUUCCUGCUGUCGAGGCCGCUCAAGCUGAAUAUCGCGCUGGAAAGGCCAAGAAGAUCCCCGCUGUUUUCGUCGAAUUCUUUACCCAAUCCGAUGCUCAAGCCGCCUACCAGGUCACCACUCACCACCAAGCACUUCAAAUGACCCCCAAGUACAUUGGAAUCCAGCCCACCGAAGUCAUCUGGAAGUCUCUCAGGGUUUCCUGGUGGCAGAAGGUUGUCCGCCGUUACGCUGUAAUUGCCUUCAUCACCGCACUCAUCAUUUUCUGGGCCAUUCCCGUCACCGUUGUCGGAUUCAUCUCCCAAGUUUCGCAACUCGAGAAAAUCUCGUGGCUCAGCUGGCUCAAACAGAUCCCCAAUUGGAUCAUGGGUGUCAUUUCUGGUUUACUUCCCAGUGUGGCUUUGUCAAUUCUUAUGUCACUGGUUCCGGUUAUUAUGCGACUCUGCGCCAAGCUGUCUGGAGAGCCCUCUGACUCCCGCGUUGAACUGUUUACCCAGAACGCCUACUACUGGUUCCAACUCAUCCAGGUCUUCCUCAUCACCACCAUUUCGCAGUCAGCUCUCGCCGCUGUCAUCAGCAUCGCCCAGAAUCCCGGCUCCAUCUUUGCGACGCUUUCUGAGGCUUUGCCCAAGUCGUCUAGCUUCUACAACAGCUACUUCAUCAUCCAAGGUAUCACGGUCUCGGUUGGCGUCAUGACCCAGGUCGUCGGUUUCGCCAUCUUCGUGUUGCUCCUCAAGUUCCUCACAAACACACCUAGAGCCUUGUACAACAAAUGGUCUACUCUUGCGGCCAUUUCGUGGGGCAGUGUGCUGCCCGUCUAUACCAUGAUUUCCGUCAUCAGCAUUACUUAUGCAAUCAUCGCGCCGCUCAUGCUCUUUUUCUCGACGAUCGGCAUGGGUCUUUUCUACCUUGCGUACCGCUACAACAUUCUUUUCGUCACCGACACCAAGAUUGACACUAGAGGUCUUCUCUACCCUCGCGCGCUAAAGCAGCUGUUCGCCGGCGUGUAUCUUGCCGAGAUCUGUAUGAUUGGUCUCUUCGCCGUGUCAAAAGCCAUUGGCCCCCUUGUCAUCAUGGUCAUCUUCCUCGUCUUCUCCAUUCUUUUCCACCUUACUCUUAACAGCGUUUUGGAUCCUCUCAUGUACACCCUCCCCCGAAGCUUGCAAGUUGAGGAGGAGUCAUUGAACGCCAAUAUCGAAGAUAUCGACCGCCAAGAAUCUGGCCAGACGGCCGCGGAAGAUACCAACGGCAAGUCUAGCAACCCUUUCAAGAAGAUCACCAAUGUCACAAACUUCGCACCGGGCGGCGAUGGAAGCCAGGUGGAGAGAGAAGGCGGCAACUUGCUCACUCGCUUCCUCAAGCCUUGGGUAUUUGCCGACUACAUGCAUCUUCGCCAGCUGGUGCCCCGCGACGAGAGCACCGUAGACGAGCUUUACCCUGGCAACAUUCAGGAUAACGCCUACUACCCACCCUCGGUCUCCAGCCCGGCCCCGCUCCUGUGGAUUCCGGAAGACGCAGCCGGCGUUUCCAAGUAUGAGAUUGCGCAGACCAGCAAGAUCAUCCCGAUCACCGAUGAGGGCUGCCAGUUGGAUGAGAAGAACAAGCUGGUAUGGGACUCUGAGGGAGCAAGACCUCCUAUUUGGGAUGAGAAGAUUUACUACUAA